AUUUUUCCGGCUGUCCCUGGCCAUCAACCCUCCCGAGUCCCAGCGCGGUGUUUUUUUCCAAGUGACACAGCACAAUCAGCAAGGGAUGGAGAAAGCUGUCCCUACUUUAUCAGAGCAACAGCGAGAGCGCCAGGGAGAUGGAAGCAGAGCCCUGCUGAUGCCACUGGAGCCAAACAAAGAGAAUUUCGCUGCCCCCGAUUGCCCCCAAGGUGAAGAGCGAAGAGCUGCUUUUGUGAAAGAUGCAAAAAAGCCUCUGGAGAGCGCGGCUCUAUCUGGGACAUCGGCGGAAGCGGGGACGGAGCUCGGCGAAGCCGCCUUCUACACCACUGAUGACUUGGUGACGAUGAGCAGGGACACGAAGGGACCCUCUGGCACUGAGCUCUGUCCCCUACAAGAAGACCCCGUCUUCUUCUCUCCACUGUCUCGCCAAGAGCCCGACAUCGCCCUGGAAGCCUGCGACGUGGCCGAUGAGCCUGAUCCUGCCCUCUCCGGUGCUGUCCCAGCCCCAGCUCACAGGACCGAACUCGGCUCCAAGACUGAGGAGCAUUUAGAGUUCCAGAAGGCUUUGUACAGAGCAGACGCCAGGAGCUCCCUGGAGCUGCGUGCCAUGACGGUGUCCGGCAGCGUGCCCUGGGACACCUCUGCCCUGGAGACGCGAGCAGGCGAUGGCAGAGAAGAAAGCACUUUAGAGAGACUCUCUAGCUUGAAGGACUCAAAGGAUGUGUCGACAUUCCCUGGGGAUCCCCAGGUUGUAAAUACGGUGCGGGUGGAUCCUGAGGACCUGGAGAGUGACGCCGAGGAGCUGGGUGCUGGCAUGGCGGCAGCCGGGAUACCCAACCCUUGCACGGGGCCACCGGUGGGGGGUGGGGAGGAGAAAUACCUUAAACCUGAACCAAAGCAACUUGAAGGCGUCGGCAAAGAGCACUUAGAGAAAAGCAGGAGGGGGACACAGAGGGUCGACUGGAUUUCACGACCCAACAGAAGCCCAAGUCCUCACUACAAAGACGUGAGCAAGCCGACGGAUGUAGCAACCAACGUACCCUUCCGGGGACAGGCUGUGCGUGAAGUGCCUCCUCCGCUGACUCCGACGGUGUUCAGGAAGUCUCUGAACCCUGUCCUCAGCAAGUCCAAAACUCUCGAGACCCCCUCGUCCCAUAGGAGGGGGCUGGGGGUCGACUCGGACGCGGGUGAGAUGGGUGCGCUCAGCGCAGCUGAGUGGACUAUCCCAAAGCCAGCUCUGCAGCUCAGCACCGACCUCGCCAUCGGCAAGCAGUCGUGGACGGUGAAUUCUGAGGAUUCGGUGGAGAGGAUCCCACUGAUGUCCCUGGAGCCCACUCCCUGCAGCUCCUAUGAUGUGGAGAUGAGGCCCUAUGUGUGCAGCGUGCUGGUGGAGGAGCAGGGCAAAGAGGAGCUGGGUCCUGAGGAGGAUCCCACGGUGUACACGUGCAUCGAGUGCAGCAUCUACUUCAAGAAGAAGGAGCACCUGAUGGAUCACAUGCUCCAGCACAACCGCGGACCAGGGAGGGACCAAGAUGGGGAUGCUCUCAGAGGGCAGUGCCAGUUCUGCUGCAAUGAGUGCGGGUGGGCCUUCGGGGACCUCGCGUCCCUGGAGCAGCACAAAAGGCUCCACCAGGAAUCCAGGGAAAAAAUCAUCGAGGAGAUCCAGAAGCUGAACGAGUUCCCAGAUGAAGGUCGGGAAGCCCGGCUGCAGUGCCCCAAGUGCGUCUUUGGCACCAACUCUUCCAAGAUCUUCGUGCAGCACGCCAAGAUGCACGUCAAGGAGAGGAAGGACCAAGGAGCGAAGAGCCUGAAUCUCUACGGGAGCGGAGAGCUGCAGGAUAGCCCCGUGCACAGCAUGUACAAACACUUCAAACCCAACGAGCACCUGGCCCUGCAAGUGCAGGCGCCUCCGCACGGCAAAGGGCUCAGCACCUGCGUGCUCUGCAGCUUCCCGGCACCCAACGAGAACAUCCUCAAAGAGCACAUGAAAUACGCCCAUUCCCACCUCUCCUGGGAUGCAGAGGUGUACGAGGAAGAUCCCAACCAACCGGGAACCAGCAGGGAUGCCUACAGCCCCGCCAGGACAGGCUGCUUUGCAGAGACUGAUUAUUUUGGCAAAGCAGACCAGCUCUUCCCUCCGCCCCACCGAGAAAGCGCGUCGCAUUACGAUGUGCACAGUUUCACCGUCGAUCACCCAAGACUCAACAAAAGCAACGGGGGCAGCAAAAAGGACUACAUGACGUCGGGGUUCCAUGCCAGGAAAGCGGCCCCGUACGCUGCCCGCCACAAAAACCUGGGGCUCUCCUCCACAAAGGCUUAUUCGCAGUUUGCUCUGCAGCACCUGAAAAAAAAAACAGCAGCUCAGCAGCUUGAAGCCGAAGGCGAUGGUCUGAGGAGUCACUCAGCUGGACUGGAGGAGGUCAGGCACAAAUGGAUGUUUAUCAACGAGGUGGGGGGCGUGGAAGGGGAGUUCUCCAUGGCCGCGGACACGGACUUGAUGGAGCACAGAGUCACCAAACCCGUCACCAUCCCUCAAGCUGCUUUGGACCUCAAGAGGACGUACAGAGACACGCUGAGAGCCACGGACCCUUUGAUUGCCUCCGAAGAGCAGCAGCAGCAGCUGCGGAUGAUGGUGCCCAUCGUUCUGCUGGAGGAGAUCAACCCACACCCCAAAGCAAAGAAACGGCCCCGGGCAAAGCCCUACAAGAAGAAAACAGCAUUCCCAUCGCGGGAGUUCAUGAUGGAAGAGCCUCUUCCCUUGGAUGUGCUCCUGUUGGACUCUCCUUUAGAGUUUGAUGACUUUUUGGACUCCGACUCGCCCAUGUUGAAAAACGAGGAGAGGAAGUGCCCGUACUGCCCGGAUCGGUUCCACAACGGCAUUGGGCUGGCGAACCACGUGCGGGGCCACCUCAAUCGUGUUGGGGUGAGCUACAACGUCCGGCAUUUCAUCUCGGCGGAAGAAGUGAAAGCUAUUGAGCAAAAAUUUUCCUUCCAAAAGAAGAAGAAAAAAGUUGCAAACUUUGACCCGAGCACGUUCAGCCUGAUGCGAUGCGAGUUCUGCGGGGCCGGCUUCGACACGCGCGCCGGGCUCUCCAGCCACGCCAGGGCCCACCUGAGAGACUUUGGUAUUACCAACUGGGAGCUCACCAUCUCGCCCAUCAACAUCCUCAAGGAGCUGUUGGCCAACUCGGCGGAGUACCCCAUGCUGCAGGCGGCGGUGGGAGCGGAGCCCUCAUCCCCGGGCCGAGAGCCGCACGGCUUCGUGCCCCGCAAGAGCAUGACCCCCAUCUCCGAGUGCAGCAUUCCACGCUCUCCUCUGUCCCCAUUCCCCCCAUCCUGGGGAGAUGAGUCCUUGCAGUCCUACAGAGACGGUGAGUGAAGCCACUGACCCUUUU